CGCGCGGCGACCACUUCACCACGACCCUCUCCUCCACCUCGGCCUCGCCGCUAUACAGCCAGCCGGGCUCCAAUCCUUCCAGACCAGACCGCAAUUAUAUAACCACCGCCGCUCCCACCUUUCCAGAACUUUUGCCCCCCUCCCCACCUCUCGUUCCCCCCUCCCCUCCCCACGCGCGCGCGCCGGCGAGAUCUGCCCAGGGUGGACCCCCGGCGAGGAUGAGCAGCCCCCAUGGCGGCCUCGACGACCAGAUCGAGCGCCUCAUGCAGUGCAAGCCCCUCCCCGAGAGGCCGAGGUUAGAGCACUGUGCGAGAAGGCCAAGGAGAUUUUGAUGGAGGAGAGCAAUGUUCAGCCUGUAAGGAGUCCUGUUACAAUCUGUGGUGAUAUUCACGGGCAGUUUCACGAUCUUGCGGAACUGUUCCGAAUUGGUGGAAAGUGUCCGGAUACAAAUUACUUGUUUAUGGGUGAUUAUGUAGAUCGUGGCUACUAUUCUGUCGAAACUGUCACGCUGUUGGUGUCUUUGAAAGUUCGUUAUCCUCAGCGAAUCACCAUUCUUAGAGGAAACCAUGAAAGCCGACAGAUCACUCAAGUUUAUGGAUUCUACGAUGAGUGCUUAAGGAAGUAUGGAAAUGCAACUGUGUGGAAAACCUUUACGGAUCUGUUCGACUACUUCCCCUUGACAGCAUUGGUUGAGUCAGAAAUAUUUUGCUUGCACGGUGGAUUAUCACCAUCCAUUGAGACACUUGAUAACAUACGUAACUUUGACCGCACCCAAGAAGUUCCUCAUGAAGGCCCCAUGUGUGAUCUUCUGUGGUCUGAUCCCGAUGAUCGAUGCGGUUGGGGUAUUUCUCCUCGAGGCGCUGGAUAUACCUUCGGACAGGAUAUAUCAGAGCAGUUCAAUCAUACCAAUAACUUAAGACUUAUUGCUAGAGCUCACCAGUUGGUCAUGGAGGGAUUCAACUGGGCUCAUGAGCAAAAAGUGGUCACCAUAUUUAGUGCACCUAAUUAUUGCUACCGCUGUGGAAACAUGGCAUCAAUCUUGGAAGUUGAUGAUUGCCGGGAGCAUACUUUCAUCCAGUUUGAGCCGGCCCCGAGAAGGGGAGAACCAGACGUAACUCGUAGAACGCCAGACUAUUUCCUGUGAUGAUGCGGAAUCGGUGUCGACCUCUGCACCAAAGGUCUGAUAACUAGCUGAAGUUUCCUGGCUGCAGAUAAAUCUUUUUGCUGAAAAUCAUCAACCUCCUGUGUGUUAUUCUUCUUAAUUUUUCCGCCCAUGAUGCCCCUGGCUGUUUGCGAGCCGCUUCGCCGCAUCGUGAUCAAAGUGUAUACCUACCUACCUACAGCUGGAAGGGUCCAUUGUGUUACUCACCUCUCUAACUGAGCUUGAGCAUCGAGCAGCGUUUGUAUUGUGAUGACAGGAAGCCAUUUCAUUUCCCCCCUGUAUUCAUAAUUUUUUCCCCGUUCGCACAUUUCGCCUAAUUUUUCAUUUUGAUGAUUAUUUGUUGUAGAGAUGGACAAUGUAGUUGUAUGGUUAUGGUUCCCUUAGGUGUUGUGAACCCGUAUUGAUUUUCCGUAUAGAAUACUUGUAGCAUGUUGA